CCCAUCAUGACCCAACCAGCGAAUGCCACCACCAAUGCCUCCACAGCUGCCAACAACGCCGCGAGACCAGCACGCCCUCGUUCUCCACAUUUUCCCCCACACAAUGCGCCGCGGGUGUGGUUUAUGACUAUUGGGUCGUCGCCCAUCGCGAUCGCGUUGGCGAAGCAAGUUCUGGAUCACGGGGACUAUGUUGUCGCGGGUGUGGUACCGCAAGAGUUUGAGCGAAGAGAGGGCCAGAGUGAAGACUUCCGGGCAUUUUUGGAGGAUGUGAAGAGAACAGAGCGAUGGAGAGAGAGGCUGAGAGUUGUUGGAUUAGAUGGACGGGUCAUUGGUCAAUGUCAGUCUGCUAUCGCAGAAGCGGUCGAGGCUUACGGUCGAGUCGACGUGUUAGUGGGUAGCACCAGCGAGGCCGUCAUCGGUGCCGUCGAAGAGCUAUCCCAAAGUAGUCGAACCCUCUCGCUCGUACAGGAUACAUUCGAAACAAACUUCUUCGCCAAUGUCAACAUCAUUAAAGCUGCGCUUCCAGUUAUGCGCGAGAGGAAGAAUGGGCAUAUAAUCAUGCUGACCGGGAUUACGGGACACUUGGGCACCCCGGGAUUAGGGAUGUACUGUUCCUCCCAAUGGGCUAUUGAAGGCUACUGCGACAGCCUCGCCUACGAAGUCGCCCCCUUCAACAUAAAAAUGUCCAUAGUCCAAGCAAACAUGGAAGUAAACGUCCUAACCAACAAAAUGACCUCGGCCCCACCAAUGAACGAAUACCUCCAAGCCGAGAACCCCGCCCCUUUAGCCCGUGACAUCUUCUCAGGCCUCCUCGACAAAUUCGACCGCGUCAACAACCCCUACUCCUCAUCUACCUUUGCCUCCUCCUCAUCGUACGCAAAUCCCGAUGCCAACGCAUCAGGGGAAACGCAAUCCCCAACCUCCAGCACCGCUUCCCCGACCACAGGCAUGACACUUAGCCCGUCACUCGCCACCACGCAUGAACCCACGAUCGGGGAUCUGCUGAACAGCGAUUCCGUAACGAGUUUGUAUGCGCCGCUGCCGAGUGUUGUGAAGUCUGCGUUAAUUGCCGAGACGGUGCAUGCUUUGACUGCGAUUGGGGGCCACGAUAACCCGCCUGCGAGGCAUAUUGUGGGGUUUGAGGGCGUGACGGCUGUGAAGGAGAAGCUGAAGACUACGAGUGAGGAGUUGGAGGACUUUAUUGAGGUUAGCAACGCGGUUGAUAUUGCGCAUACAGGGUCUGGGGGCGGGGGAGGAGAGUCGGGCGGUGCGGUGUUGCCGGAUUGA